UGUGCAUGUGUGACGCUCCGGUUAAAUGCCCAUUGAAUUGAAUGCAUUGCGAAACACGUGCAUUAACAUUGCGUGUAGACGUUCGGUAGCGUUGAAUUGGUUGGACACCGCACGGAUAAUUUCUGUGCUAAAAUAUCUCCCCUUUCUAACCUGAAAAAGGUCACAAAUUCAAAUAUGUUGACGGCAGCGAGAAUAGCAACUAAUUGUCUUCGAGGCACAUCAGGUUGUGUGAAGCAGAUAUCACAACAGAGACAUUUUUCCAGCAUUUUAAGAUCGAGCUCAUGCAGCGUAUUAAACUCAGAUGCCAGGCAUCAUCAGAGACAUCCUUCAAGAUGUUACGCUUCAGAAACUGUCAGAGGAGCCGUCAUCGGUAUAGAUCUUGGAACGACAAACUCCUGCGUUGCAAUCAUGGAAGGAAAAACUCCAAAGGUACUGGAGAAUGCAGAAGGAGCAAGAACGACGCCCUCAGUGGUGGCUUUCACAAAGGAUGAUGAGAGACUUGUUGGUAUGCCAGCCAAGAGACAGGCUGUCACAAAUGCACAGAACACUCUAUAUGCCACAAAACGUCUGAUUGGAAGAAGAUUUGAUGAUCCUGAAACACAGAAGGACAUUGGAACCGUAUCAUAUGAAAUAGUCAAAGCUUCCAAUGGAGAUGCCUGGGUGAAAGCCAAUGACAAGGUCUACUCUCCUAGUCAAGUCGGUGCAUUUGUUCUUACUAAGAUGAAGGAAACUGCAGAGAACUACCUGGGAACUCCAGCCAAGAAUGCAGUUGUCACAGUUCCAGCUUAUUUCAAUGAUUCACAAAGACAGGCGACUAAAGAUGCAGGUCAGAUUGCUGGAUUGAAUGUUUUGAGAGUUAUUAAUGAACCUACUGCUGCAGCUCUUGCCUAUGGUAUGGAUAAAUCAGGAGAUAGCAUCAUUGUUGUAUACGAUCUUGGUGGUGGAACUUUUGAUGUGUCUGUGCUUGAGAUCCAAAAGGGAGUAUUUGAAGUGAAAUCAACCAAUGGAGAUACAUUCCUGGGUGGAGAGGACUUUGACAAUGCGCUUGUUAACUUCCUUGUGAAAGAAUUCAAGAAAGAUUCUGGCAUUGAUGUGACCAAAGACAACAUGGCAUUACAGAGAGUCAGAGAAGCAGCUGAGAAGGCCAAGAUUGAACUCUCCAGCUCUCUCCAGACUGAUAUCAACUUACCAUACCUGACAAUGGAUCAGUCGGGGCCUAAACACAUGAACCUGAAACUCUCCAGAGCAAAGUUUGAAUCUCUGACAGAGCAUUUGAUCAAGAGGACUGUAGAACCAUGUAAGAAAGCCAUUCAGGAUGCUGAGAUCAACAAAUCAGAUAUCAAGGAGGUUCUUCUGGUUGGUGGAAUGUCAAGGAUGCCCAAGGUUCAACAGCUAGUGCAGGAUUUGUUUGGUCGUCAACCUAGUAAGUCGGUGAAUCCUGAUGAAGCGGUUGCAGUAGGUGCUGCUAUCCAAGGUGGUGUCCUUGCUGGUGAUGUCACUGAUGUUCUUCUCUUGGAUGUCACUCCACUAUCCCUUGGUAUCGAGACAUUGGGUGGAGUCUUCACCAAACUCAUCAACAGGAAUACAACCAUCCCAACCAAGAAAGCUCAGGUAUUCUCAACAGCUGCUGAUGGCCAGACUCAGGUAGAGAUCAAAGUAUGUCAGGGAGAAAGAGAGAUGGCACUAGAUAAUAAGACUCUUGGACAGUUUCAAUUGGUUGGUAUCCCUCCUGCCCCUCGUGGAGUACCCCAGAUUGAAGUGACCUUUGAUAUUGAUGCUAAUGGUAUUGUGAAUGUAUCUGCAAGGGAUAAGGGAACUGGAAAGGAACAACAGAUUGUAAUCCAGUCAUCUGGGGGUCUUAGCAAUGAUGAGAUCGAGAACAUGGUUAGAGCUGCAGAGAAAUUUGCUGCCGAGGACAAAAUCAAGAAGGAGCGUGUUGAGAUUGUGAACUCAGCUGAAAACAUCAUCCAUGACACUGAGACCAAGAUGGAGGAGUUCAAGGAUCAGUUACCGGAAGAGGAAUGUAGUAAACUCAAAGAACAGAUUGCCAAUGUCAAGGAAGUCUUAGCCGACAAGGACAACAAGAGUCCCAAAGACAUCAGGGAAGCUUCAUCUGCUUUACAACAGGCAUCACUUAAGCUCUUCGAGAUGGCUUAUAAGAAGAUGGCAUCAGAGCGUGAAUCAUCUGGAGGAUCAUCAAGCUCUGACUCAAGCUCAGAUUCAACCUCGGAUUCAGGGAGUCAAGACCAAGAAAAGAAAGAAAACUAGAAGGACUAAACCUUGUACAGAUUCUAAGAUAUAUAAAUAAUAAUAGGUGCGUCUACUCGUCUUUGUGUAUUGUAUACCCACUCAAGUAAAUGUAUUGAAUUUUUUUUAAGAAGACAUUGCCCUUGUAAUUGAGAUGAUAUUCUGAGAGAAGAAUGUGUCUGAAUCUUGAUAUUUGUUUACAAUUAAGUAUGACUUAGAUUGCCUACAAAUCUGUAAAUGAUUUACAUACACAGUGCAGUGCUUAUCAAUUGAAAUUGACUUGAAAUGAAGAUCGUGUCAUAUGGACCAGUAUUAGAAAAAAGUACAAGACAACACCUUUGUGUACAGUUUGAAAUGAGCAUUUCUUAUGGAUCGUCUUUAUCACUGACAACAUGCUGCUUCUGAAGAAAAUUAAAAUUACAUUUAUGUUGUCAGCAAGUACUUUAUUGAUUAUAUGAAUUUGAUGGUAUGAGUAUAACUCUUCUAAAGGUAAGGCUGCUACAUGAAUAUUUCUCCCAUUGACCUUUCACGUCUUUGCUUCUUAUCAACGGACGAUUAGUAUCGUUUUGCUCUUUCUUCACCUUAUCUGAUAUAUUUACUCUGUAAGUGUCAUAACUUUAUUUGUCUCAAGAUCGAGACAGGAAAUUAUUAUACAUUGGCAAACAUGAAUAGAAAGCAGAUCCUUAUAUUUCAAUUCAUAGUGAUAUUAUGAAUUCAGACAGUAAUUUAUAUGUGAUAGUAUGGUAUUAAUAAAGACUGAAUUCUAAUUGAUCAACUAGAUUAAUCCCAUCCAGGACAAUCCUAUUGAUUUUAUAUCCAGGGGCCUGUAACACUAUGUUCAGUAAUUGAUUGUACAGUUAUAUGUAUGCUUCAUUGCACAUAAUGAUAAAUGUGAUCCAUCUUACAAAUCAGUCAUAUGAUCAAUCACUAAUCUGUGUUACAGGGGUCCUCAUACAGACAAAGUCCAAGAAGCUCCUUUUUUGUAUGUACUUCUAUGAGAUAAUUAUCUUAGAUCAUUAUGUAUUCACUUUAAUCAAUUUUUAGUCACUUCUUGCAAAGGCUUUGCUUAACCUGUUAGCUACAGAAAGCAGGUGAUCCCUGUACAAAGUCUAUUGCAAUGAGAAGAUUCAGUAGUCCACAGGUUAAUAUGUCUCAGAAGUAUUUUGAUUUAUAAUUUACUAUAUACAUGGCUGUAUAAUGGUUGCCCAUCCUUAAAAUUUAAUAUGAAAUUAAACAUGUACAAAUCAAUAAUGAAAGAUCAUUAUUUCAUUGUAAUUUGGUACUUCCAUUGCUGUGGUAAAUAAAUGUAAUUACUACAAAUUG